AUGGGGGCCAAGCUUAAUGCUUAUUUUUCUCUUUACAGAAAGGUGCUGAAGGAGAUUUCUGUUGGGGAGCUCAAACCCAAUGAGACAGUUCAAGCCAAUUUGGAAGCACAGCUGUUGUCACAACUUAAUCAUCCAACUAUUGUCAGGUUCUACACCAGCUUUCUUGAACACAACAGUUUUUGCAUAAUAACAGAGUACUGUGAGGGUAGAGAUUUGGAUUGUAAAAUCAAUGAGUGCAAAGAAGCUGGCAAAACAUUCCCCGAAAGCCAGGUUCUGGAGUGGUUCAUACAGCUCCUGUUGGGUGUCCACUACACGCACGAAAGGAGAAUACUGCACAGGGAUCUAAAGACAAAAAAUAUUUUCCUUAAAAACAAUAUUGUUAAAAUAGGUGACUUUGGAGUUUCCUGUCUCCUCAUGGGGUCGUGUGAUCUUGCCACUACAUUCACUGGGACUCCCUACUACAUGAGCCCGGAAGCUCUGAAUCACCAAGGCUACAACUCAAAAUCUGAUAUAUGGUCACUAGCUUGUAUCUUAUAUGAGAUGUGCUGUCUGGACCAUGCAUUCACUGGCAAUAACUUCUUGUCAGUCGUGUUGAAAAUUGUGGAGGGGAAAACUCCAUCCCUGCCAGACAGAUAUUCAAAAGAAUUAAAUUCAAUCAUGGAAAGGUUUCCCAACGCUCUCCAUCUUGAGCACAUAGUAGGUGAAUCACCUUUGGGAGGUCUCCAGGCACCCUUCAGGGUCCAUCAGCCAGUCCCAGAGAGCAAGCGGGGCUUCUCCCACCGACGCUGGACACUCGGGAGCCGAAGCCAGGAGGCGACCCUGGAGAGGCAAUGGCAGGCCCACUGUGCAGCCAGCCCAGAGUUACAGUUUCGGAGGACGACGCAGCUCUGGGCAGCUUACGGGCAAGCCCUACAGGGGUCGUUGGUGCGCGGCGAGACGAGGACACCCUGGCUGACCUAA